AUGGAAUCUACUGAGGCGCCCAUCCCCAUUUCCUCCGAUGUCGAGGUUGAAUACCAGCCUCCAGCUACUCCGACGGAGUCGACUUUGCUCUCAGGAGGCGAAGAGAACAUCAAGUCCAGCCCUGAGGCAUCCAAGGAAAAUAUUCCUGUUUCUCCGGCCAAAACAAACACUAGUUCUACCUCAGCCACCAAGGGUCCUGUGUCUAGCACUUCAACUACCAAGCGACCUAUCUCCUCAUCGGCUUCAAAGACCGGAAAUGCGCCGUCUACAGCGCGUACCACUACAUCCAGCACAUUGAAUAAGCCCCCUACCCGUUCAACGACCACAUCGUCAACCUCGACUGUGCGUAAACCUUUGGGUACAUCGACAACCUCGUCUCACCGGUCUCGCGCAUCGGUCAGCAGCUCCGCGGAUGAGAAGCCUCGGUCGAUCGCGAGCUCCGGAGAUGAGAGGCGCGGUAUUUCGGGUACAGCUAAGCGUAUGUCUAUGGCUGCAACAACUUCUCCCCGUGCUCCUCCGAAGUCAACAUCAUCUCUCGACCGACGGUCGAGCGUCAUUGGAACGUCCGCGGACCGCAAGCCGACAACCACCUCGGCCACAUCCCGCACUGCGACCUCCACCAGCAAGCCCGUGGGUAGACUGACAUCUUCUACAUCAUCAGCCACCCGCCCAACCACUUCUUCUUCUGCGACCUCUACCCGCUCAACGACUCGUCCGACCACCUCCACCACUGCCCCGCGGACUGCAACAUCGUCCACUACCAAGCGGAUGAGCACGGCGCCAAGCGCUACCACCACAAAGAGUGCUGAAGACACAGAGAAGCUACAGUCUCUGCAGAAAAAGCUCUCUGAUAGUGAAGAGACCAUUGCCACCCUCAAGACUGAGCUCGACGCCGUCAACGAGAAGCUGGGUCAACUCUCUAUCUCGGGUGAGGAUGCUGCUAAGGAUAGCGAUGCCACCGAUGCUAUUCGGGCGGAACAUGCUGCUGAGCUCGAGAAGUUGACUUCAGCCCAUGCGGAGGAGCUUCAGUCUCUCCGGGUCCGACUGGAGGAGGCUGAGACUCAGCAUAAGGAGCUGGAGGAAAAGUCUGAGAAGGAACUCGAAGAAGCCAAGCAAUCGGCCACUGCUCAAAGUGAUGAUCAAGCCAACGCUGCUUCUGCGCUUGAAGAGCUUAAGGAAGCACACAAAGCUCAACUUGAAGCCAUUGAAAAGGAGCUGGGAGAGCACAAGGCUACCUCUACUACAUUUGAGGAACAGAUCAAUGCUCUCAAGGAAGAGCUUGAGUCCCAGAAAUCCAGCUUGACUGAAGAGAAGGUCUUGGCUCUCGAUAAUCUUUCACGAGAGUUGAAGGGACGUGAUCAAGUGCUGGAGAAUCUCAACCUGGAACUAGAGAAGUUGGCUACCUCCAAAAACCAAGAGAUCCAGGCUGAGAAGGAGUCUGUCUCUUCUCUGCAGGAACAGAUUGCUUCCCUAGAAGCCAAAAUUGCCGAAUCAGAGUCUGCCACCCAGGAAAGCUCUGAGCAGACAACAAGCUCUCUUGCUGAGAAGGAGCAGGAGAUUGUUGAACUCAAACAGGCCAUUGAGAAGCUUCAAGGUGAGCUUGGCCAGGCGCAUGAGGAAGCCACUAGAACUUUGGGCGACAAGCUGAACGAGUUGGAGACAUCUCAUACAGCUGUCAUCGAAAAUCUGAAGACUGAGCAUGAGACUGCUUUGAGCUCUCUGUUGGCUACAGCCGAAUCACUUGGCCCCAAAGACUCUGAACAACUCCAAGAACUUCGCGAUGAAUUGGAAUCUGCCAAGGUCACUGCUCAAGCAGACCACGAGCGAGCCGUCUUGGAGCUCGAGUCUGUGCAUGGUAUGGAGCUCAAGUCUCUACAAGAAAGACUUUCUGAGUCCGAAAAGGCUCUUGCCGAAACUCGUCACGCCUUGGAAGAAGGACAGAUAUCUGCUCAAGAAUCUGCUACCCAGGAAAUCGACGCUCUUCGUCAUAAGGUUGAACUCCUGGAAUCUGAGCUGUCAAGCGGCACGAGCAAGAUUAAGGCUUUGGAGGAGGAGGUAAACAAAGCACGAACUGAAGCUGAGGAACUGUAUCGCAGUCUCAAAAAUGUUGAGGUCGAGUCGAAGUCGAAAGAUGCCGAACAGAGUGAAAAAGAUAGUAAGCUGAAGGCUGCCGAGGAUAAGGCUGCGGAGCUUAUUCAUCUCCUUGAGGAGCAGACCUCCAAGGCCGCCAUUAUUUCAGAGCAACACACUCAAGAAUUGGAGACUCUGAAGACUCAGCAUGCGACUGAGCUGGUAAAGGUCCAGCAAGAAAGCUCCGGCUCUCAGGACGAUCUAUUUGCUGAGCUACAGCAGAAGCACGACGAUCUGCUCGCCAAGAAUCGGGAUCUGGAGUCCAGCCAUGCCACUAAGGUUCAAUCCUUGGAGGAUGAAUUGAAGUUUUCCUUGGAGCGCCACAACACUGAGAUUACCAAUCACGCCCAGUCUCGCGAAGAAGACAUUGCCCAGCUUCAGAAGCAGUCUCAGGAGGCACAGGCCAAGCUCCAGGCUAAUCUCGAAGCUCUGCAGACCGCCAGUCAGGCUGAGAAGGAUUCCCAUGAUGAGGAACUUUCUGAGCUCAAGAAGACAUUUGAAGAAACCAAGGCCCAACUACAAGCUGAGAUUGAUGCCUCUUCAGUCUCAAAAUCUGCCGACGCCGAUGCCGAACACGGAAGAGCCAUCGAGGAACUUCUCACCGUUCACGAGACUAAGCUCAAUAAUUUGCGCGAUCAGCUUGAGUCAUCGAACCAGGCUAAACUUGAGGAGCUGCAGAAAACCCAUGAAGCUGCCCUGAGUGCCGCUACGGCUGCUGCACAAGAUACCUCUGCUCUCGACGGCCUGAACGCGACCAUUGCUGAGCUCGAACAAAAACUGGAUGCCUCCGAGAAGGCACACGCUGCUGUCAAGGAAGCCAGUGUCAUCUCUUUCCAGGAACUGACCGCCAAGCACGAUGAUGCGAUCGCUCAGAUUGACGAGCUUCGUAAGUCUGCAGCCGUAUCUAACAGCCAUGACUCGGAAAUCGACUCCAUCGUAAAGCAGCUAAGCCAGUCGCAAGAGGAAAUCACUGGGCUGAAGAAGAAGUUCACUUCCACCAGCCAAGAACUGGAGGAAGUGCGAGCCAAGAACAAGAUGAUGGAAGAAAAGAUCGCUUUCGGUGAACAAAAUUUGAAUGACCAGAUAGAUAAGAACAUGGCGCUCCUCAACCAACUCGGUGACGUUGACUCGGCUAUCUCCGGUAGUCGACGACGCGUUCGCGAGCUGGAGGCCGAAUUGGCCACUCUCAAGGCCGACAAUGACAAGAGUACCACUUCGGGAUUGAACGCAAGCCGAUGGGCGUCAGCAUCUGAGGGCAGUGCCGAUGAUGGGGGUCCAACCGCAAUGGAAGGUGAGGACCGUGGCCCAUCCAUCGAGGGAAUGGUGGGGAUUCCCCGUUCGAAGACAUCCUUCUCCUCUAAUUUUGUCUUUCUUCCAUUUUCGUGA